AUGACAGAAGCAAACAACCUGAGAGACGCCCGGAGAAGAAGAAGAAUCCUCCAACAAGGAUCCGACCGUCUUGCCUUCAUCCAGGGUCGGAUCCAAACCCUCCCUCCUCCCGAUCUGCCUCACUCCAACGACGAGGAGCAGGAGUAUCCGAAUUCCGUUUUGCAGAAUCACGUUGAUGCCGAAAUUUUGCCUGAAAAACAACACAGUGAAAGUGAGAUUUUAAGUUUCCCCAAUUCUGAAAUUGAACCUGAACAUGUACAAGAAUCACAACCUCUAUUUCAACCUCAACCACCAACAACACAUCAAGAUUCAUCUGAUGAAAUUUCCCAGCUCGAAGAACCUAGAAGUUUCGAUUUCAUAAGCCCUAGGGAUGUGACGAAUGCCGUUGAUGCCUCAAGAGGCUCUGAUGAAAGGUUGAGGAGGAGACGGAACAGCGCCAGUGCCAGCGCCAGCGCUGAUUCUUCUGAUCAAUAUGCACAGCUUGCAAAAACAUUGGAAAUUGGAAUGGUGCUGAAGACUGUGGCUGAUGCUGUCUUCAUGGAUUGUGCUGUCUAUGCUAUUGUGCUCAUAUGCAGCCUUUCCCUUGUGCAUCACUGA